UAGCAGUCUUGCCCUGAGCAGGGCUGAGGAUGGCUGCGCCUGGCUACUUCCCGCUAAUGGUCGAGGGGUCCUGGGGUCCCGAUCCCCCGAAGAGCUUGAUCACUAAGUUGCAGUUGUACUUCCAGAGCCAAAAGAGAUCCGGAGGCGGGGAGUGUGAGGUCCGACAGGAACCAGGCAGCCUGGCCCACUUCCUACUGCUCUUCAACCGACAUGACGUUCGGCAGAACGUUCUGGAGAGAGGGAACCAUGAGUUACCAUUGCCAGGAAAAGGAACAUUUAAGUUAACAGUCAAGUUGCCUCCAGACCCAAAUGAAGUCCAUGAUGCCUCUAAGGAGAAAAUUCCAGCAAAGGAAUCCAAGACCAAAGAACAUGCCAAAGAACCAGAUGCAUCAGAAGAUACACAAAUCUCUCUCAACAAAAGAUCAGAAAAAAUGGAAGAUAUCCCAAAGCAAUGUGAAAAUAUUCCCUCUUUGGUUGCAUUUGAAAAUCUCAAAGCAAAUGUAACUGACAUGAUGCUAACCUUGUUGGUGGAGAACAUAAGUGGCCUGUCCAGUGCUGAUUUUGAAGUGGAAGUAAUACGAGAUUUUGAUGUUGGCGUCGUUACCUUUCAAAAAUACAUAGAUACCAUAAAAUUUGUUGAAGAUUGUGCCAUGCACCAUUCAGUGACACAACUUCAGCUUUCCCCAAGACUUCUGGAAAUGACAAAAACAAUCAGGGUUGAAAACCUGCCGCCUGAUGUUGACUCCUAUAAUUUGAAAUGUUUAUUUGAAAAUCCUCAAAAUGGAGGGGGAAGAGUUGUCAGUAUUGAAUGUUUUCCUGAAGAGAGUUCAGCUCUGAUAGAAUUUUUUGACAGAAAAGUGUUAGACACCAUCAUGACCAAGAAGCUUGACCUCAAUAAUAUGCUGCUCUCCGUGUUCCCAUAUUAUACCUCCUUGGGCACAGCUCUGUAUGGAAAGGAGAAGCCUCUGAUCAAGCUUCCAGCACCAUUUAAAGAAUCUUUGGAUCUUUCUUUAUGGAAGUUCUUACACAAAAAGAAUCAUCUGAUUGAGGAGAUUAAUGAAGAAGUGAGACGUUCUCACGCUGAGCUAACAUGGUCCCCACUCAAUGGUGAAAUUACCAUCAGACCUGCAGCCAACUUAGUCAAUCAAGGAAGAAAAAGAAUCAAGAACUGGAAGAAAGAUGCUUCCACAGCCUUCUUUGGCAUCAGGUCUAGAUUUAAAGUUAGCACAUUUCAAGUGGACUCAGUAGAGUGGGACAUCAUGAAAAAUGACUUAGAAGAUGAAAGAAUUUUGAUUGAAUUUGAUACAGGUAUGGGGAUUGUAACCUUAGUGGGGAAAUCAGAGGAUGUACAAAACAUUGAGCCACAAAUCAAGGAAUUAAUAGAAAACGGCACUCAAAAAGUUAAAAGAGAAGAGCAAAGUCUGAAGGGGAAAGUGGCCAUGUCUCCAAGAAAGUAUUCUCUUUUGUGCCACAGCGGUGUGCAGGAGCAUCUCCGCAGGGAGUACCCAGAGAUGGAGAUUUUUUAUGACAGAGCCACCCAACACAUGUGCUUUAAAGGACUCGGCAUAGAUGUGUAUAAAGCAAAAUGUGAAGUCCAGGAAAAGGUGUACACCAUGGUUCAGAAAAGCAUUCAGCUUCCCCCGGAGGUUUUGCAGUUUUUGCAGCAGGUCAACUGUUCAGAACUCUCCAAGUCUCUUUUGAUAGCACAGAAAAUUCUUGCAGUUUAUGAGCUAGAGGGCACAACUGUUUUCUUAACCAGCUGUUCUUCUGAAGUCCUCUUAGAAGCUGAGAAGCAAAUGGUCAGUGCCUUAAGUUAUAAGCGCAUAGACGUUGAGGACAGGGAAUUUCUUAACAGCAAGAAAUGGAAAGCCAUCACUAAAAAUUUGCCAAAGAAACAUAAUUCCUCCUCAAAGACUGUAACGAUCAAUGAGUUAACUCCAGGAAUCACAGCUGAGGUCAUUAUUGCAGGCUGCGUGAGAGAAGUAAAUGACAUCUACCACUUCCUUUUUGACUUUGUGGAAAAAAACAUGAAAAUAGAAAGAUUCCUUGAAGUAAAGCCUUCCUUAGUUAUUGAUUAUUUAAAAGCAGAGAAGAAGAUAUUCUUGCAAAAGAUAAGGAUGAACAAGCUAAAUGUUCAGGUAGAUUUCAAUUCUAGAAACAAACCAGAAGGCAUUUUACUAACUGGCUCAAAGGCCGAAGUCCUGGAGGGAAUGAACAUCCUCAAGCAAGCCAGGGAUUCAGUUUGUGUUAAAAGCAUCAGUAUUGAUAAGCCAGGAGCCAGCCAGUCCUUCCGGGAUAGACCAUGGUAUUAUAAACGUGAGGUACGGUCAUUUGGUUGUUUUGUGGAACUACUGCAGAAUGAAGGAAAGAAGGAGGGAGGUGGCAGAGAUGGGCAGAAGGCCUCCUGUCGGACAGAAUUGGCCCCUGGAGUCUCGCUGAUUGUACAGCAAGGCGACUUGACACGGUUUCCUGUUGAAGUGGUGGUGAAUGCCGCAAAUGAGGACCUCCGUCUCAGUGAGGGCCUGGCUGCUGCUCUUUCAAAGGCAGCUGGCCCUGAGCUCCAAGCAGACUGUGACCGGAUAGUGAAGAAAAAGGGUAAGAUCCCAACUGGCCAUGCCACCAUCUCAAAACCAGGAAAGCUCCCAUACCACCAGGUGAUCCAUGCAGUAGGACCCAAGUGGAACAGCAGUGACGUUCUAGGGUGUAUGUUACAGUUAAAGAAUGCCGUGAAAAGAAGCCUCCAUUUGGCUGAUAAUUUUCAGUACCAAUCCAUAGCCAUCCCUGCCAUUAGUUCUGGAGACGAUGGCUUUCCCUUAUCCCAGUGUGUGGAGACCAUUGUUUUGGCCAUCAAGGAAUCCUUCCAGUAUAACUGGGCUGGAUGCACCUUGAAAGAGGUUUACCUUGUGGAUUUAGCUGAGAAGACUGUUGAGGCCUUUGCUGAAACUGUGAAAACUGUAUUUAAAAACAACAAGCCUGGUACUGCUUCCCUGCCCAGUGUACCCGCAGGAGUCCAGCCAGGUCCAAGAAACACUGAUGGAAACAGACAAAUGCUGCUGUGCCCAGGCGGUCUGAGGAUCCUGUUGGUGAAAGGAGACGUGCAAUAUGCUAUGGCUGAUGUUGUUGUCAACUCCAUUCCUCGGGAUCUCAACCUUAAUAGUGGGCCCCUUUCUAAGGCCCUCUUGGCAAAAGCUGGGCCAAAUCUCCAGAAGGAAUUGAACGCAGCUGGACAAGGGAUAGCUGUUGAAGUGGGCACAAUUCUUCAAACCACUGGUCAGAGUGUGUCCUACCAAAUGCUUCACGUGGUGGCUCCGAGCUGGAACAAUGGUGACACGUCUUCACUCAAGAUCAUGCAAGACAUAAUCAGAAAAUGUUUGGAAAUGACUGAGAACUUGUCCUUAAACUCAAUUGCGUUUCCAGCCAUAGGAACAGGCAAUUUGGGGUUUCCUAAGACUGUUUUUGCUGAAUUGAUCAUUUCGGAAGUGUUCAAAUUUAGUAGCAACAAUCAACCAACAGCUUUACAAGAGGUUUGCUUUCUGCUGCACCCGAGUGAUCACGGGAAUAUUCAGGCAUUUUCAGAUGAAUUUGACAGAAGAGCUAAUGGAAAUUCCAUCAGUGACAGAAUUCCCAAGGCUCAGAAUACACAAGGUUUAUAUGGGACUGUUACCAGCCCUGCUUCAGGAGUGUAUGAAAUGAAAAUUGGCCCCAUCACCUUCCAGGUGGCCACUGGAGAUAUUGCUAAAGAAGCGGCAGAUGUGAUUGUGAAUUCAACAACAAAGACAUUUGAUCACAAAGCAGGGGUCUCCAAAGCAAUUUUGGAAAAGGCUGGACAAAACGUGGAAAUAGAAUGUUCUCGCCUAGCACAACAGCACAACAAUGGUUAUAUAAUUACUGGUGGUGGAUCUCUGAAGUGCAAGAAUAUUAUUCAUGUCGCUGGUGGAGCUGAUGUCAAGAGAUCAGUUACCCGUGUUUUGCGAGAGUGUGAAAAACGGAAUCACUCAACCAUUUGCCUCCCAGCCAUUGGGACAGGACGUGCUCAACAAGACCCAGAUAAGGUUGCUGAAGCCAUAAUGGAUGCCAUUGAAGACUUUAUCCAGAAAGGACUUGUCCGGUCUGUGAAAAAAGUUAAAGCUGUUAUCUUUCAGCCUCAAAUAAUGAAUGUGUUUUUUGCCAAUAUGAGAAAAAGAGAAGACUCCCAGGCUCCCUCACAGUCUAUAAUGUCUAAAAUUGCAUGUUUGUAUGGGACUGUUACCAGCCCCACUUCAGGAGUGCACGAAAUGAAAAUUGGCCCCAUCACCUUCCAGGUGGCCACUGGAGAUAUUGCUAAAGAAGCAGCAGAUGUGAUUGUGAAUUCAACAACAAAGACAUUUGAUCAUAAAGCAGGGGUCUCCAAAGCAAUUUUGGAAAAGGCUGGACAAAAUGUGGAAAUAGAAUGUUCUCGCCUAGCUCAACAGUACAACAAUGGUUAUAUAAUUACUGAUGGUGGAUCACUGAAUUGCAAGAAUAUUAUUCAUGUUGCUGGGGAAGCUGAUGUCAAGAGAUCAGUUACCCGUGUUUUGCGAGAGUGUGAAAAACGGAAUUACUCGACCAUUUGCCUCCCAGCCAUUGGGACAGGACGUGCUCAACAAGACCCGGAUAAGGUUGCUGAAGCCAUAAUGGAUGCCAUUGAAGACUUUAUCCAGAAAGGACUUAUCCGGUCUGUGAAAAAAGUUAAAGUUGUUAUCUUUCAGCUUCAAAUAAUGGAUGUUUUUUGUGCCAACAUGAAAAAAAGAGAAGGUUCUCAGGCUCCCUCACAGUCUAUAAUGUCUAAAAUUGCAUCAUUUUUGGGCUUCUCACAGCAACUGCCUCCAAAACGAAAGCCUUUGGUUUUGGAGAAGAAAACGGAAUCAGCAAUUUUUCAGGUGUGUGGUGAAAAUGAAACUUGUGUAGAGCACGCCCUCUACUGCCUACAGUAUCUGAUGGAAAAGGAACAAAGUCUUUACACCAGUGAAGAGGAAUGUAUUAAAGACUUUGAUGAAAAGGAAUAUCAGGAAUUGAAUAAGCUGCAGAAGGACUUGAAUAUUUUGGUGGAAUUGGACCAUCAGAAACCUUUGAUUAAGGUUUCAGGGAUUAGCAGAGAUGUGGAACAGGCUAGAAAUGCAGUUGAGGAGAUGAUCAAGACAGUUAGAUCAGCCAAAGAGCAGGAAUCCAGAGCAGAUUAUAUCACUGAGUUUGUAGAAUGGCAAUAUGACGACAAUAACACGUAUCGUAGUUUUGACAAAAUAACCAAUAUGAAAUUAGAGGAGGCAAGAAAAAAACAAGGAAAAACAGUUGAUGUCCUAAUUAAUAAUCAGAACUACACAGUGGACAUGAAAACAUGCAUUGCUACAGGUGCAAACGGACACAGUUUACAAAUUCAGCGCAUCACGAAACCUCAAGUUGAGAUCCCUGGACACUGGAGUGAUAUGAAGCAGCAGCGUGUCUGUCUGGUUGAGCUACAGCCUGGACAACCAGAAUACAGCAAAGUGGCAGAUGCCUUCAAUCAGACCUGCUCACAAUUCAAGAUAGAGAAGAUUGAGAGAAUCCAGAAUCGAAGUCUCUGGCAGUUCUACCAGACAAAGAAAAAAACCAUGGAUGAAAAGAAUGGCCAUAUGCAGAAUGAGCAGCUGCUCUUCCAUGGGACAGAUGCUGACUCCUUGCCACAUGUCAAUCAACAUGGCUUUAACCGCAGUUAUGCAGGAAAGAAUGCUGUGGCAUACGGAAAGGGAACCUACUUUGCUGUCCAUGCCAAUUAUUCUGCCAAUGAUACUUACUCCAGACCAGAUGCAAAUGGGAAAAAGCAUAUGUAUUAUGUGCGUGUGCUCACUGGAUUGUACGCACGUGGACAUUUUUCAUUACUUGAACCUCCUCCAAAGAAUCCUCAAAAUCCUCUUGACCUGUAUGAUACUGUCACAGAUAGAGUGAGCACUCCAACUUUAUUUGUGGUAUUUUAUGACUACCAGGCUUACCCAGAGUACCUCAUUACUUUUAAAAAAUAACAUUUUGGUAUCCUUCACAGAAGACAUUAUUUAUCUACACAAGUGAUUUUCAACCUUUUUCAUCUCCUGGCACACAUAAACUAAUUACUAAAAAUCUACAACACACCAAAAAAUAUAUUUUUUGCCGAUCUGACAAAGAAACAAAACAAAAACGGUAUAAUUUUUAUUCAUUCACACCAAAUAGCUAUAGUGUUGGCUGUUGUCAUUAAAAAUAUAUUUUUUUAUUGAUUUCAGAGAGGGAUGCGGGGGGCGGGGGGCGGGAGA